CUUUAAUGAAUAUUUGAUUAACAUUUGUUGUAAUCCAUAUACCUGAGAUUCUAAAAAAUGAAGGAUAAAUGGGACCCUAGAGUAUCUGCUCCAAUAAGUAGAACACCUCAUCCAGUAGUUCACGAUUGCAAAUAUUACGGAAAAUGUAUGUUGGGAGGGAUUCUAUCCUGUGGACUUACUCAUACCUUCGUUACCCCUUUAGAUGUCACAAAAUGUAAAAUGCAGACAAAUCCACAAGUUUAUAAGUCCUUAUUCUCGGGCUUGAGCGUUAUAAUGAAGCAGGAAGGCCUUAGCGGGCUAGUUAAAGGAUGGAAGCCAACACUUUUAGGCUACUCCAUGCAGGGAUUGGGAAAGUUUGGACUUUAUGAGUUCUUUAAAGACUUUUACGGAGGCCAGUUAGGAGAAGAAAGAGCUUACAAGUACAAGGGAGCAAUGUGGUUGGCAGCCUCUGCUUCUGCAGAGGUUUUCGCAGAUGUGUUGCUGUGCCCUAUGGAAAUGGUUAAAGUCAAAGUGCAAACAGCUCCGCUUACAGAACAAUGGCCAACACAGCUUAUGAAAGCAACCUGUAAGAUGAAUUCAUUGAGAGCUGAAACUAAGUUUCCUUUUGGAAGUUUGAGACCACUCUUGAGCAGACAAGUACCUUAUACGAUGGCGAAAUUUUACUUUUUCGAAAAAGUCGUCCAACUUUUCUAUGAUCAUGUUUUCACUAAACCUAAAAACGAAUACUCCAAAGAGGUUCAACUUGGAAUUACAUUUGCUUCCGGUUACUUGGCUGGUAUAAUAUGUGCUGUUGUAUCUCAUCCAGCGGAUUCAUUGGUUUCACAAAUGGGUAAAUCGGAAAAUAAAGGCAAAAGUUUUGGUCAAAUGGCAAGAGAAGUUGGUGCAUUUAACUUGUUUACAAAGGGAUUGGGCACCAGAGUACUUAUGAUUGGUACUCUUACAGGAUUACAGUGGUGGAUCUACGACACAUUCAAAACUUCCAUGGGAAUGGGAACGAGUGGGGGAGGAUCAGUCAAAAAAACAUAA